AUGGCGGACGAGGACUUCCCGCAGCACUCCCUGCUCAGUUUAAGUGACGAGCUGACAUGCAGUAUCUGCCUGAGUAUUUUUGACCAUCCGGUGACAACACCUUGCGGCCACAACUUUUGCCAGCAGUGCCUGCUCGAUACUUGGAAGGAAAGCUACAACUGUCCACAAUGUCGUUGCGUCUACUAUAUCAAGCCGGAACUUAAGAAAAACACUGUCCUCAGUGCCGUGGUAGAGACAUAUAAAAUGCGCUCGACAUGUGAGGCGAAGACGACCCAAUACCUUUCCGGUGGAAUGGCGGAAAGCAAAACGACCACAGAUGCCAGCGUACGCUGUGAUACGUGUAUGACAGCCGAGGCGGUCAAGACUUGCCUCACUUGCAUGGCCUCCUAUUGCGCCGAGCACCUGCGUCCUCACCGCGAGAACCCGGUGUUCCGCGUACACCAGUUGACCGACUGCGUCGAUGAUUUGUUGGAACGCAUCUGCCCAGAUCAUCACAAACUCAUGGAGCUCUUCUGCACCCAGCACGAUUGCCUCAUCUGCACCUUGUGUUUCCAGCAAACGCACAAAUCCUGCGACUUCAUCUCACCCGAGCAGCAGAGGGCCAAGCAAGAGUCUAGCUUGAGACAGAAGUUGGAUUUCGUGGACAAGAAACUUAAAAAGAAUGAAACUGUUUUAUCUCAAAUGGAAGACAUAAAGCUUGCCCUAAAGGGCAGUGCUACCACCAAGAAGAAGGCUAUGGCCAAUGAGUAUCAACAGAUCAGAGACAUGCUGGCUGCUGAGGAGCGUGCCGCUAUGAGCGUAGUGGACCAAGAGCUGGAGUCUUCUCAGACAAAACUCAGGGUUUUAAUGAAAAGGUUUUCUGAGAAUAUCGAUAGCUUGAGCACGUCUAAAGCAGAUAUCCAGAGUCUACUUUCUCAGUCACAAAAAAUUUAUUUUCUGCAGGUUUCACUUAACUUGCCCAAAGCUGCAACUUUUGAUCCUUACACUCCUCGAAUCAACUUGGACUCCAAAUUAUUGACAGCAAAUGAGGAGUUUGCAGUUAAUCUGAAGAAACAGAUGAAUUACAUUCUGAGUCAGCCAGUUAAUGCCCGACUACCAAUAAUUAAAACAGAGAACAUCCCGACAGUCCACCCCAUGAAAAGCGCUCCUCCAGCAGCCAAGGCAGACAAGGUCAAAUAUGACAAGAAGACUUCACAAAAAAAAAUCUUUAAGGCCAGGCAACACCCGGAACCCAGCAAGAUUGGUAUGCAAAAAUUGUCUUAUUCUAUGGAAAACCUGUUGUGUGAUACGAAACCAAAACUCAGACCCCACCUAUCUGAGACACCUUCUGAACCCAAGGAAAAAACAGAAAUGAUGGACAGCCCUACCAACCUUAUCGGUGAAAAAAGACACAACCUUCUGAAGUAUGGCACUGCAGUCAGUUUUGAUCCAAUGACAGCGCACAAACGCAUCAUACUAACUGAGGGCUUCACUAGGGCAUCUGUCUCAGACCAACCUAAUUCCACGACAUACAACGACUGCCCCGAACGCUUCUCUGUCUGCUCUCAGGUGCUCGCCUCUCAGGGUUUCAGUAGUGGGUGCCACUACUGGGAAAUUAAGAUUAAAAACAGCAACUUUACCGGGAUCGGGUUGGCUUACGGUAGUAUUGACCGUAAAGGUCCCACCAGUCGACUGGGCCGCAAUGCUCAGUCUUGGUGCGUGGAGUGGUUCAACGUCAAACUGUCGGCUUGGCACGACAGCAAUGAGGUUGUGGUCACCACCUGUACCAAUCCAAAACGUAUCGGCAUGUUGUUGGAUUGCUCUUCAGGCUCAGUUACGUUCUACAAUGUAACAGAAAGAGCCUAUCCAUUUUACUCCUUUGUGUUCCCCUUCACUGAAGCAGUGUAUCCAGCCUUUUGGAUUUUCUCUUCCGAGUCUUCUAUUUCACUGUGCACAAACUGCAGUCCCUAG